AUGCGCGACCGUGGAAUCCAGCCUACCCAAGACCCUACUGCAGGGGCUUCUCUCCAAGCUCACAAACUUCUUCUCUCUGGUCGCACUGAAAUACACGAUUCCGCAAAAGGCCAAACUCGCCCGGAUCGGCCAAAAUCUCCCAUUCCAUCAGAGAUAUCAAACGACUCAUUUCUCUUGAAUCUUCAAACUCAUGGCAAUCUUCAAAUCCUCAAAUUUUCAUCAAAUACAAAUACUGAUAGUACCCUGCAUUUCGCUCUGGAUGUAGCCGAUGAUAUCGAGGGCCAGCUGGAGGAGUUGGGGCGCUUGAGGCGAUGGGGCCAUUUCAAAGAGGCACUCGAAUACUUCGAGUCCAACUUGCAACAACAUGUUCAGCUACCAAUGGUGACGACUGAGUAUGCCAACCUAUUGCUGGAACAGGGUGCCUACAAGAAGUUGAUUCAGCUGAGGUUAGAGGCUCCUCAGAAAGUCAAAUCCAUCCCAGGGACUGGUGCUGAUCAACUGGACCUCUACCGUACCCACUUUGACACGAUUGAGAAGCUUGCGGAACUUUAUUUUCAAAGUCUUGCGAUAGAUGAUUUGGACUUUGUACAUUCAGAGGAGAGUGCUUUGCAUUUUGAUCUACGGAUUAGUGACCGGCGAGUUUCUAACUCUACAGUCGGCCCGGGAACAUCGUUUGAUUACACAGAGGUUCAAAUCAUUCGCAAUCAUCUCGAACUCCUAGCCAAUAUUGGUGAUGGAGACCGAGGCGGUGUUAUAUUACCAACUCCUGGAUUUAAAUGCUAUAGGGAGAUUUACAACGAUUUGCUCGUGGAAGCGCGCAUCUGGGAGUGUCGCGACUUCCUUGGUGCGUUGUUUCGUUACUUCGGGUCACUGGGAGCUUGGAAGAUCCUACAUACCAACAACAGCUCAGAAGUUGAGCUGAAAGAUUGCCUUGAACAAUUCUCGCAGGAGUGGUCGAUUGAGGACCAUGAUGAAUCAACGGAACUUGCUAUGCUGUCCAUUCUUAUGCAAAUGGUGGAUGAUUUUACUCCACGCGGUCACUAUGGCAUCCAGAAAGACGAGGCAGCCCCUCAUCUGAAAAGAUCUCGGCCUUAUCUGCAAUGGAUCAUAGCCAAACAACAAUUUGAUCGACGAUCAAAUUGUAGCCCUUCGUAUCGCGAAAAGCGAGAGCAGCACUUUGAAAAUGACUUUGGAGAAGUUUUAAAUGAUUGGAACAUCCCUAUCUACCUCCCCGUGGGAUCUGGAAAUAGAGGCUGGCCAGCUUCAGACCCGAAUUUUCCGCCCAACGACACAUUGAAGUGGGUUUUGAGGACAUCGCGUGAGCUUGGAGACUAUGAAACCGAGUCCAUGUGCCUCCAAGAGCUGAUCUGCCGCGCCGAGGAUCCACGAACUUGGUUCGCUGAGUGUGACAAUCUCCUAAAAGAUACUCAGGGGAAUAAUCUUGGGCACUUUGAACUUUCCCUCUCUCGGUAUCUUCUUGCGAAUGACAAUAUAUCUCGGCGACAGCUUAUGUGUGAACUAGAGGAGACCAUCAAGAAGUUCAAGCCCACUGCUGAGGACGACGUUUACAUCUACACACUUCCUAUUUACAGAGUCAAAAAUGGGUGGUAUGAAGAUGGAAGUCGCCAUCGAUUGCGCCGUCCUGAAAGUUACGAGAGGGAAGAGACAGACAGAGGUAACGAGUUGGAGCGACGUGACCAGGCGGUACAAAAGGAGUUGAGGGAUUUCGAAUAUCAGGAGCGUCUAGCUGUAGGGAAAGAGGAAAUAAAAUCAAGGAUACGCCAGGAGGUAAGGGAAAGUCGGGACAAUUGUAGCAAAACGGGGGCAGCAGACUGGGAGGACAAAAGACAGGAAAUACAACUAGAACGAAUCAAACGACAGCCGACAGUGGCCGAUUUUGAAGAGCCACCAUCACCAACUAGUACUCUAUCAAGUCCUCUUGUGCGGUCGGCUGCAGUGGAGAUGCAUUCAGAUGGAGAUGCUGGCGCACUAGCGAUGAUUUCCAGACCUCAAGAACCGCCUUCGCUGUAA